AUGUCAGGCAGUGGUCCGGAACGUUCAAAUUUUCGUGGUAAUCGACCAUUAUCAUCAAAUCCACCUCAUUCAAUAUGUGUUACUGAUCGGAAAGUUGUUUCAUUUACACAUUUAUGGACAAUCGAUCAUUUUCAAUCAUAUUUAGAUGAUCCACAAUCGCCUCGUGUUCUCUUCAGCUCUUAUUUUUCUCCAAAUUUUGGUCCACAUACUGAUACAAGUUGGUGUUUAAAACUUUAUCCGAAAGGUGUUAACGAAAAAUCAGUUGAAUAUAUAAGUUUAUUUGUUAAAUAUGUUCGUGGUCGAACGGAUUUACAAGCUAAAGCAGAAUUUUCAUUAAUUAAUAGUCGUGGAGAAUUUCAUAUUGUACGUAAAACUCCCUAUCAUAUAUUUCCAACAGGUGGUGAUUGGGGUUAUUCAGAAUAUUUAAUGCGUAUGGUAUUAACUACACAACGUAAAUCAGAAUUAUUAAAUGCAGAUCAAAGUUUAAAAAUUUUUACACGUGUUAUUAUUGUUGGUGAAUCAUCAUCAUCGAUAAUACAUGAAGAAAAAAAGAAUACAUAUGAAAGUUUAAUAUCAUUAUCAUCACAUUUUGGUUCAUUAUUAACAUCAACGAAAGAUAAUUGUCAUGAUGUUACAAUUAUUGUACGACCACAACAAUAUAAUAGUUUAACAUAUGAAAGUAAAUCACAUGAUACUCCAUCAUCAUCAUCAGCAUCUUCAUCACCUAUUGAUGGAGGUAAAUCAUCAUCGAAAAAAAACUCAAAUAAUAGUUCCAGUGUUGGAACUAAUCGAACAAAACGUAAACGAUAUAGUACAAACUCAGGUGGAAGUAGUGGUGCUGGAGAAUCAUCAGGUGAAACCAAUAAUGAUGAAACAACUUCAACAACAUUAGCUAUUCCGUCAACACCAACGACAAUGACAUUUUAUGCACAUCGAAGUAUAUUAAGUGUUCGUAGUCCUGUAUUUGCUGCAAUGUUUUCUCAUUCAAUGCUCGAAGAUCAAAAUUCCACAAUUGAAAUCACAGAUUUACAACCAGAAACCGUUCGUGCUUUACUUGAAUAUAUCUAUACAUCAAAUGUUGAAGAAAUCGAUGAACAUAAUGCUGUUGAAAUAUUUAAAGCAGCUGAUAAAUAUGAAUUAGAAUUAUUAAAACAAAAAUCCGAAUUAAUAAUGAUGAAUUCAUUAUCUGUAUCGAAUUGUACAAUGCUUUAUAUAGUUGCCGAUUUACAUAAUGCAAAUGAAUUAAAAAAACGUGUUUUAAAUUUUAUCAUGCGCAAUAUACUUGAAGUAACUGAAAGUGAUGAUUGGCGUAUAUUAGUUGAACAACAUCCAGCAUUAGCGACAGAAGCAUUUGUUUAUUCAGCUGAACAUGCUGCAUCAUGUGCAUGUUCAUCUUAA